AGGUGUCUUCAUUAGUGCUGUCAAGCAACCAGAUAAACCACACCUACAAUCCGGCUCCCUAUUCUACAACAUCUUGAUCUUAACCGUGCUAUAAUAACACUUGUCAUCAUCAACACCAGAAUACACUGAAUGGGGAAAUCAACUGAUAUCAAGUACUAAUUUACCUUAGACUUGUACAGAAAAUAUCAAGUUAUCUCCACAUCCGCUAAAAUCUAAAAUGAAUCAAUCUUAAACUUUAUUUGCAUAUGGUAGCAUCGGGCAUUAAUAACCAGUUCAAGAGAUUUAAACUAAGUUUAAACUUCCACCAUAGUAUUGAUAAUGAGGGGAAGUAUUGCUAUAAAUAAUAAGCUCAUUUAAGGGGAGCAGUGGGGGGAGACUGAUUCUUUUCAAGGAACUUAUUCUCUCUUGUCAGCAGGAAAGCGCAAUGGUCACCCGUGAAAAAGUAAUGAGUAUAAUCAUUCCCAGAAAGCUGAUUCAAACCACUGACAUUAAGCAAGUCCCCAGCGAUUUGUUGGCUAAAGUGGUUGAUCUAGAAUGUCCUAUAUGUACGGAAAUUAUGAUUGUUCCAGUUACUACCAAAUGUCGUCAUUCUUUCUGUUAUCGAUGCAUGUACAGAUGGUGUAAACUUCACCGGAGUUGUCCAACUUGCCGGUAUAGUAUCAAACGCCAACCUCAAUUAAAUGUUGCAAUCAAGGAUGUUGUUAGAUUGGCAGUUGACUCGUUAGUUGAGACUAACUGUCGAGAAUAUAACAGUGCUGAACUUAUUAAACUUAGAAAUCAUAUGCUUGAUGAAUAUAAUAGUGAUGUUGCCAAUGGACAACUUUAUGGGAAUUUGUUUGAAAGACGACAAUUUUUCAAGAGUCACUACUAUGGAUGAAUGAUAUCCUUUUUUUGCUUAUCCUACUGCACGUGUUCUUCUGUUAUAGGAUAUUUUAUUCUCUCAUAUGCAUGUUUAUACCACCUUACAAUUGAUUACCUCAAU